CUAUAUAAAUGGGCGACUUUUAUUCUGCUAAGUGCAUCUCUAUACAAAAGCGUGGUGUUUAAGAUAAAAUACCGAAAAAAUGAUCAAAAUAAUUGCUUUGUUAGUUUUAAGUCUUGUUUCAUGUACAGUAGCUGUUCAACUAAAAUACGUAAGCUGUGGGUCAACAGCGGUUGUUCACUCGAUUGUUCUGGAGCCAUGUGCCGCAGAGCCAUGUGUUAUUCACAUUGGACAAAACUAUACAGGAUCGAUUAACUUUACACCCAAGGUAAACCAUGACCAUGCAUAUAAUUUUGCAAGUGGCGAUGUAACUGGGGCUGGAACCGAAGAAAUAUGGAAUAUCAACCCAAACGACGCAUGCACUAAAGGUGUCAAAUGUCCAAUACAAGCUGGCUUGCAACAAACAUACACAGCCACUGUCACCGUCCCAAUAACAAACCCGAAACGUAUGGCGGCGAAGUGGCAAGUAAAAGAUUCAAAUGACCCUGCUGCACAUCCAAUAAUAUGUUUUGUAUUCCCUGUAACAAUUGUAGCAUAAUAAUAUUAUGAACAAUUAAAUAAAUAAAUCAAUAAAUAUUUAUA